AUGAUAAAUUGCACCCACCAUUUUUAAAAUCAAAUCACUUUGAUAUGUAAAGCUCCUCACAAGUGUUAAUUUUACAGAAAACUUUGUUCCUAAUGCUAAUAUGAACAUGGAGUAGAUUUAAAACAUACAAUUCCUUUAAAAAUAUUUCGAGAAUUAGCUAUGAAGAAAUUAAAAGACCUCAACCUUAAUGAUACAACUGAGUAAACCAAAUAGAGAUUGACCUUUAAAUCAUUGCUCUCUCAAUCUGAAUUAAUGUUGAAUAAAAUUUGGAAGGAGUUGUCACAAUCAAUCAAAUAAGUAUAUGAUUAGAUAGAGAAGGAAAACUAAUCAUACUUAAACCUCAUCAACGAAAAUACAAAUUUAGCUGAAUCCUCUUACAUAGAUUUGGAAAAUUUAGUAAACAUUGUAGAAGGAUCAACUUUAAUAGAUUGGAAUGCGUAGAAGAAUUCUUAGAUGAUAGAAUUAGAUAAGACCAUGAGUUGGUGGGACCUUCAUAUUAAGGCAUUUAUUCAAAAGUCUAACCAAGGAAUCCAAUAGAUCCAAUCAUUAAUUAAGUAAGUAUUUAUUGAUUAUUGUAGAAUUUAACCUAAUCAAGAAUUAUCAGAAGAAGUGUAUUAGAGGAAAGAAGAUCUUGUUGAAAUGCUCACGUACCUCCAGGAUAUAGAUGAAUCUCUCUAUAAAAAGCUUUUUGAAAUACUUAGUAAAAAGAAAGUUUUAGACGUUAUUGAAUUCCUGUCGAAGACAAACAAUCAUCAGUUUUAUGAAUCUUUAAACAACAACCAAGAGAAUAUAAAAGAUGUGAAGAAGCAAGUAAAGAUAAUCACAAAUGUCUUGAAGAAUAUAUAGGAUCAUAAAUUUAGUAAGGAUGAUUAUUCUUCAGAGACUUUUGAAAAGGCAAGAUAAGAUCUAAUAAAGAGGUUGAAAGAUAAUAAAGGAGUAAUAGAUUUUAUCAAAUUUAUUGUUCUCCUUACAAGUUUAGAUGUAAAAUUUAUUCAAUGUGGAUCAAAUGGACUUAGUUUAUUAGUGGCGAUGAAAGUUGAUGUUAGGAAACAAUCCUUUGAGAAUAUUAGGCUGACGAAUACUUCUUUGAUAUGUGGAAACUUUGUACGAUGCAAUUUUAAUGGAUCAGAAUUUGAGAAUGUGGAUAUCAGUGGAGUCAAUUUUAAUGGUGCUUAGAUGUUCAAUUGUAAAUGGAAGAAUAUUAAAGUUCAUGAAUUGAAUAAAUUGGAUGGUCAUAGUAGUUGUGUGAAUUCAGUCUGUAUUUCUGCUGAUGGAAAUACAUUAGCUUCUGGUAGUGAUGAUAAGUCUAUCCGUCUAUGGGAUGUCAAAACAGGAUAAUAAAAAGCCAAAUUGGAUGGUCAUAGUGAUUAUGUUAGAGCAGUUUGUUUCUCUCCUGAUGGGAAUACAUUAGCUUCUGGUAGUUAUGAUAACUCUAUCUGUCUUUGGGAUGCUAAAACUAAGAAAACAAUAGUCAAAUUGGAUGGUCAUAGUGAUUAUGUUAGAGCAGUUUGUUUCUCUCCUGAUGGGAAUACAUUAGCUUCUGGUAGUGGUGAUAACUCUAUCUGUCUAUGGGAUGUCAAAAAAGGAUAAUAAAAAGCCAAAUUAGAUGGACAUUGUAAUGGAAUCUGGUCUGUAUGUUUCUCUCCUGAUGGAAAUAAAUUAGCUUCUGGUAGUAGUGAUAACUCUAUUCGUCUUUGGGAUGUCAAAACAGCAGAAUAAAAAGCCAAAUUAGAUGGUCAUAGUGGAUAUGUAAUGUCAGUCUGUUUCUCACCUGAUGGAAAUACAUUAAGUUCUGGUAGUUUUGAUAAGUCUAUUCGUCUAUGGGAUGUCAAAACAGGAUAAUAAAAAGCCAAAUUAGAUGGUCAUACUCAUUAUGUCUACUCAACCUGUUUCUCUCCUGAUGGAAAUACAUUAGCUUCUGGUAGUGUAGAUUAGUCUAUCCGUCUAUGGGAUGUCAAAACAGGAUAAUAAAAAGCCAAAUUAGAUGGCCAUACUAAUACUGUCUACUCAGUCUGUUUCUCUUCUGAUGGAAAUACAUUAGCUUCUGGUAGUGUAGAUAACUCUAUCCGUCUAUGGGAUGUCAAAACAAGAUAUUAAAAAACAAAAUUAGAUGGUCAUAGUAAUACUGUCUACUCAGUCUGCUUCUCUCCUGAUGGAAAUAAAUUAGCUUCUGGUAGUAGUGAUAAGUCUAUCAGUCUAUGGGAUGCCAAAACAGGAUAAUAAAAAGUCAAAUUAGAUGGUCAUAGUGGAACGGUUCACUCAGUCUGCUUCUCUCCAGUUGGAAAUACAUUAGCUUCUGGUAGCGAAGAUAAGUCUCUAUGUCUAUGGGAUGUAAAAACAGGAUAAUAAAAAGCCAAACUAUAUGGUCAUACUAGUACUGUCUGCUCAGUUUGUUUCUCUCCUGAUGGAAAAACAUUAGCUUCUGGUAGUGAUGAUAAGUCUAUCCGUCUAUGGGAUGUCAAAACAGGAUAAUAAAAAGACAAAUUAGAUGGUCAUUAGUAUUAAGUCAUCUCAGUCUGUUUCUCUCCUGAUGGAAAUACAUUAGCUUCUGGUAGUGUAGAUUAGUCUAUCCGUCUAUGGGAUGUCAAAAAAGGAUAAUAAAAAGCCAUAUUAGAUGGUCAUUAGUAUUAAGUCAUCUCAGUCUGUUUCUCUCCUGAUGGAAAAACAUUAGCUUCUGGUAGUUAUGAUUACUCUGUCCGUCUAUGGGAUGUCAAAACAGGAUAAUAAAAAGCCGUAUUAGAUGGUCAUACUAGUUAUGUCUACUCAGUCUGUUUCUCUCCUGAUGGAAGUACAUUAGCUUCUGGUAGUGAUGAUAACUUGAUCUGUCUUUGGGAUGCUAAAACAAAGAAAACAAUAGUCAAAUUGGAUGGUCAUAGUGGAACUGUCCACUCAGUCUGUUUCUCUCCUGAUGGAAAUAAAUUAGCUUCUUGUAGUAAUGAUUAGUCUAUCCGUCUAUGGGAUGUCCAAACUGGAUAAGAAAUUAAAUCCUCUGAUAAAAACCACAAAGAUAUUCUUGCAUAAUUGAAGAUUCCACUCCUAUAAAAUAGUCCUAUAUCAGAAGGUAAUAUUAACAAUAUCUAUAUUUUAAGCCUCCAAUUACAUUACAACACUCCUAAUAUCCCAAAAAACAAUAUUUCAAGCUAAAGGAGCUUUAAUCAAGAAAGGAGAAUUUAUUAAUCAAUCAGGUAUUGAUUUAAAGUCAUUAUUUAAACAAAAAGGAAGUUGCAUUUUAGAAUAACUUUGGUAAAAUUGA